AUGACAAAUAAAAUUCUCAUUACGUGUGCUACUGGCAAAAUAUCCAACGUCCUCUCACCUCUUCUUCUGAAGAACGGAUACAAACUUCGAGCAUUCGUCCAUUCUCAACAGUCGGGCAAACGUCUUCAAGAAACACUGGGAACACAACAUGUAGACGAAGGCACUCUGGAGAUUUUCGUUGGCGAUUUAGAAAACAAAUCUGAUGUAAAAAAGGCACUUGAAGGUGUUGAUAUUGUUUUUCACAUUGGUCCUUCUUUACAUCCACGCGAAGAUAGUAUUGGAAAAAUUAUCAUCGAUGAAAGCAAAAGUACAGGCGUCUCGCAUUUCAUUCUUUCUUCCGUAUUGCAUCCCGUUCGUACAAAAUUACUUAAUCAUCGAAUUAAAAUAGUUGUCGAAGAAUAUCUUAUCGAAUCUCGACUGUCAUACACAAUUCUUGAACCAGGACAUUUUAUGCAAAAUACACAAAUCAAAGACAUUACUGAUAAAGGUGUAAUGAAUCUAAUGUAUUCAUUCGAUGAGCUACAAGGUUACCUCGAUCUUGCCGAUUACGCAGAAGUCACUUUGAAUAUUCUCCAGAAUCCUCGCCAUCAUAAUCGAGCUACGUACGAACUUUUAGGUGAUAAUCGAACGGGUCGUGAAGUGGCUCAACUAAUUUCGCAGUAUAGUGGAAAAGAGAUUAAAUGUCAAUUGUGCCAAUUUGAAGACCUCAAAGAUAAAAUUCCAAUGCUGAAAGACGCUAAUGAAUAUGUUCAAGAUGGCUUUGCAAGAAUCAUGUUCUACUACAACCGUUGGGGCUUAACUGGAAAUAAUAAUAUCUUACGAUUUCUACUCGGUCGGGAACCAACAUCGGUGGAAGACUAUAUUAUCAAGACUUUGAAAUCAUAA